CAUAAAAAAAAAUAAUUUCGUGUUAGAUUGUUGGUUAGAGCAUUUUGCUGAAAGCCAGACGUGCUCUAGUGUCCUUUGAAAGUGCUGAAUGAUAAAGACGCCCGAAACAUAAGUUGGUGUCAUUCCUUCGUGAUCUGCAGCGUGACACCUAGUCCCAGAAAGUGGAAGCACUCGAUAGAAGUAGAAGUGAAAUCCGUGUGCAGAGGAACGUAAUUUUGACAGUUCUUGCAGUGUGAGAGAGUGAUUCUCUAGUGGUGUCCUUGAGCAGGAGCAAGAAACCAGUUUUUCACCGAGACCCCAUGAUGGACCCCGACGAAAGUGAUCUGAUCGACAAGCUUAUAUCCCCAACGGGAACAUUCGGAACCGGUGGACAGCAGAAAGUAAUAGUUCAACGGAACUCACCAAUACUGUUUCCUGGUGGCACACCGUUGACAAUCAAUGCUACGAGCUCGCUGUUGGUACCGAAUUCUGUGCCACUAUCGGUGACCCCUCAGCAACUGUCAUUUGCUGCACCAUCGAUAGAUGGAGGACUUGCGGUAGGCUCAGGAAUUGAUUCUACCUCGGUAAUUGUGCUCAACAAGGACACUCCGCUACCACCCGGGGCAUUUCCCAUCAACGUUUUGACGGCCGAUCCCCAACAGCAGUAUAUUCAUAACGCCAAUAUGCAGAAAGUGGUGGUCGCUUCGAAUCCCGGAACCGGUGGACCAUCCAGCCAUGGUGGGGUUCAGUUUGUUCCCGCUGGUACUAUGAAAACGCUCCAACAGAAGAUGCAAACGCCAGGCUUCAAGCUACAAAUCGGAAACACCAACAUUAUGUCUCUGCAGCAGAAAUUUAUCGGUCCGUUAAAUCAACAGCAACCCCAGGGUCCCCCAUCCAUGACAAUGAUUCAACCCAGUCCGAUGAGCAUCCCCGGCCCUGCCGACCUGAAGCGUCUUCCAUCAUCAAUCAAAAUACUGAAACCCAUCGCUCCGAAACCCGGUAUCACCAAUUACACCAGCACGGUCAUCAAACCGGCCCAGGAAAGCGCCAUCCAAGCGGCCUCGCCAGGAGCUUCGAGCGUUUGCCAUCACGUACUUCCAUUUGGGACGACUAUCAAGGUCACUGCCGGCAAUGAACAACUUCCAAUUCCCAUUUCGAAAUCACAGCAGAUCAUUCAACCUCCAUCGCUGAUCCAACAACAGGCACAGCUUCAACCACAACAAUCACAGCUGUCCCAAAUGCAGCCAAUUCAACAACCUCAAUCUCCACAAGCAUCCGCUCUCAUCAAACAGAUCCGUCCGGUUUCACCGGCCACGAUGUCACCUCAGCAAAGCGCCGUUCUCUCACCCAAUCAGAACAAAGUUAUAAUCAACAAAAUAAUCUACAAACCUCCGGAAAGUCAUCUGGGACCGGGCCCAACCGCAGGACAACCCCGCAUAGUUGCUGCUACUCCCCCGCUUUCACCGGUAUCGCUCCCGGACCUGAAGCGUAAAAUCAUCAUUACCAACAGCGCUAACCGUAAGCGACUAACAUCGCCAGCACAGUCACCAACAUCGAUUCCACAACGCACGACCAGUAUUCAACCGACCCAGACCCAGAUCAUCGUUCAAGCUGCGAGUCCGACUCUUCCGUUGGCUCCAUCACUGGCAGCAGCAAGAACCACUAUCGACAACAUUCCAACCACCAUGCACGCUGUCAUUACCUCCUGCAGCAGUAGCAAUAUAACCGUUACGCCGAUGAUAGUUGAACCAACGGUUUCGUUGAUUCAGGAAGAAAGACCCCAAUCUACUAUGGAAGAGGAACCGAAACAACCGGACGAGCUGCCCGAAUCGUCCGAACCUUCCUCGGAUAGGGAAAAUCAGAGCUCGUUCGAAGAGAUUAACAAAACUAUUUCGCAAUCUAGCUCGCAAGUAGAUGCAUCGGAAACUGAGGUCUCUUCGACGACCACCGAGCAGAUGAUGAUCGGCGGAGAAGAUCCGGAGAAUAAAGAUGAAUCCCACGAUGACGAACUAGAUACAGGUGAGCACAUGGAGAUGGAAAUGUUGGAAAGCUCACAAGGGUCAGUCUGUUCGGAGGCGGUUGAUGAUAGUAUAAAGAUGGAUGAAAUGGAAGAAGAAAAUGAGGUGACAAAGGAAGAUAGUAUAAUACAAGAGUUGAAGGAAGGAUUGCAUACUCCGACAAAGAAGCAAGACGAGGUGUUGGACGAGCUACUUGAGGAUCAGCUAAAGAGUCCUCGACUACUGAAGAGAGCCAAUUCAGACAGCCAACAGGUGUCGAGCCCGGUUCGCGCUCGUCGGCUCUCGGAACCACCCAAGCCAGAUGAAGUCCCAAAGGAGGACGAUGAUAUUCUUCCGAUGCCAAAGCCGUUGGCAAUCAUUAAGAAAACCAGGAAAGGCAGGAGUUCCGUCAGCAGAAGAAGUCGAUCGUCCAAGACUAUCCACUCGUCGCUUCUUUGUAAUGAAAAGUUGGAAACGGAGUCGGAUGAGAGUCGUAGCAUUAAGACCUCUGCGUCCAGUUUGCAUACGAUUAGCCCUCCUAAAAAGGAAGAAACCUCGGAGUCACCUCCAGCUUAUGAUCAAGACAAAUUGCAGGCUGCGAUCGAAAUGUACAAGAAAAAGCAAUCCAUGGUCAAAUCUCAGAGUCAUCGGGAAAAAAGUCGAUCGGAAUCACGUUCCGUUGCGGAUCGUGAAGAGAAGGAAGAGAAGGACUACAUCGAGGGAGAUUUCGGUUCGACGCCAUCGGAUCUUAUCAAAUGGAACGAUGGAAUAGGUUACAUGCGUAACAGCUAUCUCCACUUUCAGUUCAACCAAUUUGGUUUGGUGGAACCGAUGGAAAUCAAAGAGUACUUGAAACAUGUGAACACGAAUGUGUACGAAACUCUCAAAGAUCCGGUGGCAAGCCGAACAGCUGUUAAAGCGGCUCGGAAGAAACGCAAGACAUUGAAUACUGACGGGUCAUACCACUGCAAAGGUUGCCGCGGUCGUGGAACUGCCGGUGACUUUGCCACUCCAGAAUACUGUUCGAUUGCUUGCAUGAAGAAAACCAAAAACGAAUCCUUACUGACGAGCAUUGAAUAUUCCAAAUCACUUCAGCGGAAGGGUAUCGGAUCCUCCGAAUCGUCAGCAUCCACCAGCACACCACUUCCAACGAGCGACGACGACUCGCUGGGAAGUUCCCUCAAUUUCGCAAACGCUUUCAAAGAGAAGAACGUUAUCCCACCGAAGGAGAGCGUCCCCAAAACUAUCGUUCAGGAAGUGCAACCAACCGCGGAGCAACCGAAUCAGCCCAAAUUUGCGUGGGAGGUUUACCUGUCCAAAACGCAAGGCACCCCAUCGCCGUUGAAUUUGUUCGUGAAUCCUUACCCGGGUGGACCAAACAAAUUCCGCACCGGAAUGAAGCUGGAGGCCAUUGAUCCGGAAAAUAAUUCGCUCUUUUGCGUGUGCACCAUCGUCGAGGUCCGAGGCUAUCGGUUGAAGCUGACCUUCGACGGAUACUCGCGCGAUUACGACUUUUGGGUGAACGUGGAUUCUUUGGACAUCUUCCCUCCCGGGUGGUGUCGAAAGACGGGCCGAGUACUGCAGCCACCCCACGGAUACGAUGGCGACUUCAGCUGGAUGAAGUAUCUUACCGAAAAGCGAGCAAUGCCCGCCUCUCGCAACCUGUUUACGCAUCUCAACUCGCCGUCUAACGAAAACAAAUUCCAAAUUGGCAUGUGUCUGGAAGCCGACGAUCUGAAGAAAUCCGGCAAGGUAUGCGCAGCUUCGAUCACGGACAAAAUCGAUAAUCGCGUACUGGUCCAUUUCGAUGGGUGGGAUGAGCGGUACGACUAUUGGGUGGAUAUCCAUUCGCCCUACAUUCACCACACCGACUGGCACCAUGAGAAUGGCUACAACAUCACUCCACCUCCAGAUUGGAACAAGAGUGAUUUUGAGUGGGUCAAGUACAUCCGUCUGAAGUCACGUCGCAUAGGAAAGGCCAUCAUUCCGGCGGAUCAGUCGCUGUUUGCCACGCGACAACCGAUGGAAUUCAAGCCGGGCAUGAAGUUGGAAGUUGUUGACCGCAAGAACCAGAUGCUUAUUCGACCGGCAACGGUUGUGGCCACCGAUGGCUAUGAAAUUAAAGUUUGCUUUGACGGGUGGCCCAAUUUCUAUUCGUUCUGGAUCGAAGACGACAGUUCGGAUAUUCACCCGAUGAACUGGUGUAAAAGGACCAAUCACCCGAUCGAAUUUCCACCAGAUCAUCGACCGGCUUCAAUCAACAGCUCCUGCGAAGGUCCUUACUGCCUGGGUCAAGGCAAUGCCAAAAUUCUGAGCAAAUCAUAUCAUACACGUCUAGCGGAGUGUCCCUACAGAACCAACAACUGGCUGCUGGAGGAUAGGAAAAAGCCGCGGCUAGCUCAUGAGCAAGUCGUCACGCAGAACAAUUUCAGCACCCUUCAGGAACCCCUUCCUCAGGAGGCUCCUCCUGCGAAGAAAAUCAAAAAGGAACUUGACGAACCUCUCCCGGCACCGAAUGCGCACAAUCCACAGUCCAUUUCUAUGCCAUCGCUAGGAAAUGUCCAAAAAACAACCCCCUCAAAUGGCAACACUACCACCACUCUAGAUCCGUUGCUGAAGACGGCCUUACCGGUAAUAGCCGACUUUGGUCCUCGGUUGAAACAGUCCUACAAACUGUGGAAGACCAGCAGUAGGAUCUUGGAUCGCUGCACGGAUAGUAUGUCCGGCUAUGACCGAAAUCCCCUCUGCUGGUCCGUGGAAGAUGUUGCCUCCUACGUAGAACGGUUCCCCGGCUGUACUUUCGUAGGAAAUCAGGUACGAGAGGAGCAAAUCAACGGAACGGCUUUCCUGAGUUUGACACAGGAAGAUCUGGUAAAAUAUCUGGACGUUAAACUUGGCCCGGCGAUCAAGCUGUAUAACCGGAUAAUACAUCUCAGGCUGGAAGUGGAAAAGCAUUUCAUAAAAUUCUAAGAAUUAGGAUUUUGAAGUCGUAGAUUCCAAUAAUGUAGUGGUUCGUAAAACUAGCAUAGCAAUUGCCAUUUUUUCUAGGAGUACGGUGGUCAAUCCGAGCUUACAAGCGAUUAAGAGUAAACAAUAUCUAGAUUCUAGAUUUGCUAGCAAACCGCACUUUGCUCAUUUCGGUUUGCUCGAUUUGUAAAUAGUCAGUUUAAUGUUUCCCUUUUCUGGAUAUUGAAU